AUGACUCCACAAGACAGUUUUAAGGACGGGGUGUCGUGCACCAGUCACACCAGCGAGUCAUCCCUGGUGCAGAUGAAACGUACCAUCUCUCUCCUGAGCGGGGUUGCCAUCAACAUAGGUAUCAUCAUCGGCUCCGGUAUCUUCGUAUCACCGAAGGGUGUCCUGGAAGGCGUUGGUUCCGUCGGUCUUACCCUGAUCAUUUGGGUAGUCUGCGGUGCCUUCUCGCUCCUCGGAGCGCUUUGCUUCGCCGAACUCGGAACAACCUUCACCUCCUCCGGAGCGAUCUACACUUAUUUGAGGGAGAUUUACGGUGACUUUGUGGCGUUUCUGUAUCUUUGGGUCAGUGUGAUUCUCGCAAUGCCAUCAUUUCUUGCUGUAGUGGCGCUGACAUUCGGUGAUUAUUGCAUCCAACCUUUUUAUCCUGAUCCAGCGUGUCAGCCAUCAAGGAUCGCCGUCCAGCUCAUUGGCACAUCGGCUUUAGUUUUCCUUGGAAUAACCAGUACGAUAAGCACCCGAUUGUCGACGCAUGUGCAGAACAUCUUUACUGUAAUCAAGGUAGUUUCUCUUACCAUCAUCAUCGGAGGCGGCAUGGUGCAAUUAGGCAAAGGUGAGACCCAAAACUUUGAGAAUGCUUUCGAAGGAUCGACCUUCAGUGGUCUAGGAGUUGCUCUUUAUUCUGGACUAUUUGCUUACACGGGCUGUGAAAGUGUAAACUAUGUUGCAGAGGAACUGAAAAAUCCAAAUCAAAAUUUACCGCGUGCUAUAUUGAUAAGCGUCCCUAUUAUAACGACGUUGUACGUGCUGACCAAUGUGGCAUAUUUCACAGCUAUGACACCAAGUGAACUCCUUGCUUCCAACGCAGUGGCAGUGACAUUCGGAAACAACGUGCUGGGCAGCUUUGCAUGGGUCAUGCCGUUAUCUGUUGCCCUGUCAACAUUUGGCGCUAUAAAUGGCAACAUUAUGGUGUGUUCAAGAGUGUUGUACGUGGGAUCCCGUGAGAAACACUUCCCACCUCUUCUGUCGAUGAUACAUGUUGACUUCUUAACCCCACUACCUUCAAUUGUCAUCGUGGUUUUGUUGUCGUGUAUCUACACUUAUUCCAACGAUAUCUUCACAUUAAUCAACUAUUUCAGCUUCGUCACAUGGACAUCUAUUGGUGCUGUUGUAGCGGGUAUGGUGUGGGUUAGAUGGCGAGAGCCAGACAGACCACGCCCUUACAAGGUUCACAUCACUAUACCGAUUCUCUUCGUGAUUGCCGCCAUCUUUCUGGUCGUCAUGGGAACCAUUGACUCUCCAAUAGAUACCGCAAUUGGUGUUGGUAUUACGCUGACCGGGGUACCAGUUUACUUCCUUUUUGUGUAUCCAGAGCGAUUACCAAUGUGGCUGGAUAAAAUUCAAGAUGCUGUGACUGGAUGGUUGCAGAUGCUAUUGUUCGUCGUUAAGGAGGAGAAAAAUAUUUGA